AUGGCUAGAACUAUCAACCCAAUUAUCAUCAUCGUGGCUAUUGUCACUAUCCUCCUUGUGGUCUUCAAGACCCCAGGCACCAAGGACAAGGCAGUUGACACUUACUCUUCUGUCACUGACACUGUCCAGGACGCUUGGAACAACAACUAUAUCUUGUCGUUCGAGCCAACCAAGAAGGCUAAGAGCACCGAGGAGGCCGAGAAGCUCAAGAACGACUUGGACCAGGCUGUGGAGGACUACAGAAACUACUUGGAGAAGGACUUGGGCUCGAAGGUUAAGCACACCUACGACUCUGCUACUCACGGUUUGAGCGUUCAGAUCGAGGAGACUCAGCAGCUCUUGAAGGCUUUGGGUAAGAAGGCUGUUGGCAAGGCCAACAAGCACGAGACUCUCUUGACCGACAAGCUCCAGGAGCUUUUCUACAAGUUGAAGGGUGACGAUCUCAAGAGAUUGGGCAUCAAGAUCAAGUUGGAGAAGGACAAGUUGGUCAACAUCAACAACUAA